CAGCAAGGAACCAGGACCACAGAUAUAUACAUAUAUAUAUAGAGAGAGAGAUCGAUCUCCACUCCCACUACUCAACUCCAUUAUUAUUAUUAUUGGUUUUACAGAUAGAUUGAUUGAUUGAUGGAAGGACAGUGAAGGCCACAUAGCCAGCCAUCGUAUAUACAAUACAACAACAAUUCGAUAUACACAAACUCCCCUCCCCCAUCAUCAUAUAUUUCUAUAUAUGCUCUCAUUUUCCUCACAAGUUAAUGCAGCCUAGCUAGUUCUGAUCAUCGUACAGUUAGAAUUAAGAUAUUGCACAGAACAGAAAGCGUACCUUGAUUCAAAGUUGUGAUAUAUAUGGGUUUGAGAACUAAGCAGGUUUCUGGUGAUCAGGAGCUUGAGCUUGAGCUUGAUUGGGGUCAGGCUCUGCUGCAACACUCAGGUGCGCCGGAGAUGGCGAAGACGCAGCAACCGGAGCCGUUGAAGUGUCCGCGAUGUGGUAGCACCAACACCAAGUUCUGUUACUACAAUAACUACAACAAAUCCCAGCCUCGCCAUUUCUGCAAGUCCUGUAAGCGCCACUGGACCAAAGGAGGGACUCUCCGGAAUGUCCCUAUCGGCGGCUGCCGGAAGAACAAGCGUCCGAAGAUUUCAUCCACCGCCGCGGCGAAAUUUUGCUCUAGUUUUGCACUAGGUGCGAAUUCCUCCGGCGAUCGGAAAGGCGUAUCGAGUGUUCUAUACCAAGCGUUGAUUCGACCUUCGCCUAAUUCUCUGAACGAAGCUACGCGUGGUAUCAAUGCCGGCUUAUCUCCUGCGAAGAACUUGACGACGACAGCAGAAAGCAAUAGGACGGCGAUUCCGGCGAACGCGAUUAAAUCGACAGGUACGGCGACAUCUGCGCCUGAUCGGAACCCUAGCAACACAGAAUUCCAAUUCUCAAGCCUGGAAAUGAGCGCCGCGUCGUUGAUUCCACCCUACGAGAUUCCGAACAUGGACUCAAUGGAGGAGAUAGAAUCGAGCGUCACAACAGCGAACAUGGAUUAUCCAAGCAGCAGCAGCGGCGCGUGGCUAGGAUUCGACGUAACCAACAACUGUUCGUUGGAGUUACCGUCGACAAGUGGCGCUGCCAUGGCCACCAGCUACUGGAAUUGGAGCGAGAUCGAUGCGUUAACUUCAGCAGAUGAUUUGGACCUAGCGUGGGACGAAGAAGAUGUCAUUAAUGGUGAGGCAGCAAUGAAACCCUAAAUAGAGAUCUUCCAUUCUUCUUUCCAAUACUCUGAUGGUGAUGGCAAUUGUGAGAGAGACUAACUUUGACCGUGGUACAGUUUGGGGUUAAGGUAUCAAUGUUAAAAAAAAAAAAAAAAAAGAAAAAAAAAAGAA